UCAUUUCCCUCGCUCAAGAGAUUGAGGAGAAGUAUGAUCUAGAGGCGCGGGAAGCGGAGCGAUAGUAGUAGCAGUAGCGUGUCCGUGUCGUUUCUUGGCAUCUUUCUCACUGCGCAUCUCGUUCUGCCACCUCUUCUUUCCCCCCAUCAUCUCGUGCAUCAUGGCCAUUCCCACUUUCUACCGCGUCGUCUUCUUUCUCUUCGAUGUCGCCAUGCCCCUCUUUGGCGUGGUGGCUAACACGACGAUGCCUGAAUUCAUCGUGUCGGCCUAUACGCCCAAGAUUGCCAAGCCGAUUGCGACAGAGACCAUCGUUCUUCUGGACGGCAUGGCAGGUUUCUUUGCCUGCCUAAUCUUUCUCAAUCUCUACUUUCUCUCGACAAAGGCCAAUGACGUCACUGUCUGGCGCGGCCUGCAGGGCGGCACGCUCCUUACCGACGUCUUCAUGCUCUUUGCCUUUGGGCGGGCGCUCAGCACCGAAGGAAGAACGACCUUGGAGAGCUGGCGGGGCGAGGACUAUGGCAAUGUUGUGGGAUAUACAGUCAUCCUGCUCGUAAGGCUUGCCUUUGUCCUUGGGCUCGGUCUCAAGGAAGAACAGCGACCUCAAUCGGAGAAAAAGAAGGCCUAAGACUGUUUUUGACUUUCUGCCUUCUCGUAAACAUCCAAGUUCAGCAUUAU